AUGCCCAUGGCCAUAUCCCCAGAGCGCCCACGGACGGGCGUGACGCGCUUCACAGGCGGAAGGCUUGUUCGAGGCAAUGAACUUGUCGAGGAAGACUUAUGGAUCAGCUCGGUUACAGGAAAGAUCCUGCACAGCCAGCAAGUCUUCUACGAGCACCACAUUGUCCCAGACGAGGUUGUGGACCUCAAAGGCAAGAUAUUGUGUCCCGGCUUCGUCGACGUCCAGUUCAACGGCGCAUUCGGCUUCGACUUCAGCACCAUUCCUGAUGACAUGGCUACCUACCACAAAGGGCUCAAGAGACUGAACCGACACCUGGUGCGGACGGGAGUGACUUCAUAUCUACCCACCCUCCCCAGCCAAAAGCCAGAAGUCUAUCACAACGCCCUCCCCUACCUCGGACCCUCCGGCGCAGCACGCAACCCUCUCGAAGGCUCCGAAUCCCUCGGCGCCCACUGCGAAGGGCCCUUCAUCUCCCCCUCCAAAAAUGGCAUCCACAGCCCCGAAGUCCUCCAAACAGCGCCCAACGGCUUCCCAGACUUCGAAGCCUGCUACGGCCCAGAAAACCUGCCUUACUUGGGUAGCGGCCUCCGCUCCCCCAUCUCCAUGAUCACCGCCGCCCCCGAAGUCCCCGGCGUCUCUGCCGCGAUCCCGCAGAUAGCUCAGCUGGGCAUCCGCUCCAGCAUCGGACACACGGAAGCCACGUUCGAGGAAGCCAGCGCCGCUAUCCACGCCGGGGCGACGAUGAUAACGCAUUUGUUCAACGCGAUGCGCCCGCUCCACCACCGGAAUCCAGGGAUCUUCGGCGUCCUAGGCAAAGCGGAGGGAAAAGAUCGUCCAUACUUCGGCAUCAUAUCGGACGGCAUACACCUCCACCCCACCACGGUGAAAAUCGCCUGGAACGCUUAUCCGGAGGGUUUCAUCCUCGUCACAGACGCGAUGAAGACGGUCGGGUUGCCGGAUGGGGUGUAUGACUGGACGAAUGGGGAUCGGUGGGUUAAGAAGGGUCCUCUCCUUACCCGUGAAGGCACGGAUAAGAUUGCUGGGAGCUCGGCGACGUUGAUUGAGUGUGUGAACAACUUUUGGACGUGGUCGAAUGCGACGAUUCCGCAGGUUAUUGGGGCGGUGACGGGGACGCCGGCGAGGAUGUUGGGGAUCGAAAAGGUGAAGGGGACGCUGAGUCCGGACGGGGAUGCGGAUUUGCUUGUACUUGAUGCACAUGAAGAUGGGGAGGGAGGGAAGAGAUUGAAGGUCGAGCAGGUGUGGAAGUUUGGGACGCUGGUGCAUGAGGAGGGGAGGGACGCGGUUGGGGUUUGA